CUAUCCUUCAGAGGGCCGAGCCUUCGCUGUCUACGUAGGCCGGGUCCUUCAUAGACCCCAUCGGCUGAACCGUCUGUAACGUGAGCCGUUCUUGGGGUGUCCUUAGAACCCACUUCUCGUCGCUUCUGCUUGAUUUCUUGAAGUCAUAUUUUCUUUAAUAUUUAUUUCUUAGGUGCAACCACACGAUGUAGAGCCCUUACUUGGUUACAAUUGUAUUUGUUAUCAUUUUAUUUUAAAUAUUUAACUGGUGCUUGUGGGUGUGUGUGUGUGGCUUGGUGAUGAAGCUGCGCUUCAGCUCUCAGUUGACGACAGUGUGUCCGGCAGCUUGCGCACAAUAACGUCAGCACAUGCACGUCUGAUUGGAUACACGCUCGUGAGAGGUGGAGCUAUGCAGAGCUUGCUAAAUGUGCCCGAUGACGUUGUGGUGACCCGAUCGAGCUAAUUCCUGUAAAUCGACAAGCUAUUUUUAUUCAAACUGCAAUGGCUGAUUGAGCAGAAGAGAUAGAUGCUAUUUUCAAGACAGAAAAGCUAGACGCUGGGAGAAGAGGUGGGUCAAACCCAGCACAACACUGUCACAGGCACAGAGGUGGAUGAAUUCAGGUAGGACUGUGUAUGACAUCACUGACGGCCUGCGUGCAGUGCACAAUAUUUGAUGUCACUACAUCAGUAGUUUAUCUCGAUGAUGACAUCACCACUGCCUCCGACUCGUUCCUUUUUAAAAGAAAAUCCCAAAUAAACCAUGCAAAGAGAAAAAAAUACGUUUAAAACACAUGGAGGCCGAAACAGAAAUGAGCGGAGAGAGAAUGAUGAUGUGCAAUUUCAGAGAAAACAUGGACGCCUUCCUCGGCGAGCUCCACCUCCUUCCUCUGACACAGAUAACGUGUCUCCCCCUCUCUUCCCUCCAAGCUCCACAGCUGUACAGGAAAUCAGUCAUCCACCAUCCACUGCUGUCGCCAUGGCAACACAGGGGAGGGAAAUCCAUUCUCUUUCUCCGGCACCUCCCCCUUUCUCCCAUUCUCCUCUCAUUUCUUUUGUGUUGUUCUGUAGUUUCAAAGCAAUCCCAAUUCAGCGGUCUAACGUUCUUUCUACGGGUUUCCUUCGUGACACCUGCGUGUGUUUGAUCUCCUUACGUAUGGCCGCUUGCGGGCGAUCAUGUGGGCUGAUUGUGUCUCCAGCAGCAGUGGUGACCUCUCCGUAAAUCCCAUGUGGGGCAUCAGGGCGGCUCUGGUCGGCUCGGGCCAGCAGCUGCCUGGAGGAGCCAGAUGGUCGCAAAUCAGAAAUGAAAUCCACCCCCCACCCCUCCCUCCAGUCUAAAUAACCCCAUCUAUCGCACACAAACACACACAUGCACACUCAAAUGAACGCUUGAUCAUUCGAACAUCCUACAUCCUCUGCUGCCCCUCCCCAAAGGACCAUUGUGUGUCAGGGUUCUAACUUAAAAAGAGGGGUUAAGACACAACAUUGUCACCUCUCCUACAAAACCUGACCUGUAUUUCAGCUCCACCCGUAUUCUCUUUACUACUCUAGAAAAGGCAAUUUGGUACCAAAUGUGCAAGUCAUUGCAUCCGCCCGCCUCCACUGAGGAGUGGAUUAACAGCGCUUAAUAAACCAGCCUAUUAACCAAAACAGCUGGUUCAGAGAUGAUCCCCAGAGCCGAUAAUAAAACGCAGUAAUCAGAUUACAGAUCUCUGGAUUUACCCCAUCUCCAGUGAUGAAGGGAGGGAGGGUCUCCCUGUUGCUGUCUCUGCUGAAGCUCAACGAGGUCAUGACCCACAGUGGCUCCCCACCAGAGGUACUUGGACCUCAGAGGGGAUUUCUGCAGGACGCACGUGAAAAGUGGCGUGCUUGACAACUAGCCAGCGAGCCAGCGAGGGGCUUCGGGGACCCAGGAAGGGCCUCCACAGGAACCGCGUUGUCCUGGCGACCGAGGCUUCUUGUGAUGCCUCCACAGGAACCGCGACUCACGUAUUCUCCAUCGCCCUCCUCCUUCCUCCGCCAUCUCUUGUCGGUUGCGCACUGUAGUUUCGCGCUGCAUCAUGUCUGCCUGAAGGAAGUUGAGGGAAAUGUGAUUCACAGAAAACGUGACGUUCAAGUCGCAGUAGGGCGAACAUGAGUAACAGGAGCCGAGUUUAGCCUCGGGCGAAGCGCGCACGGGCGUGGAAGCAGAUGUACAGUAUGCUCUCAGAAACACGCAUGUGUGAGCUCAUGCAUGCGAUCAGAAACAUACAAGAGAAGGAAGCCAUUUAAUAGAGUACAAUCUUCAUUCUUGCUAUUGACUUUUUAAUUUGGAAUGUCUUUAGUUUUGCAGGUAUCUUGUGUCAUUAAACUAUUGGACACAUUAAAUCAUGGUCACAUGGUGCUAAAUGAAAACGUGUUUAAAGGCUAUUAAAACAUAUGGGGCAAAAAUCUUGGCCGCCUUUAUCCCAGGUAAUAACACCUCGUGUCAUACACACAAUAUCUGCACGUAGACUCUGAGGGAUUUUGUUGAAUGAAUCUUGUACAUGCAGAAGAAAUACAGACGCGUUGGUGCACAGUUGCAGGGAAUCUUUUUUCCUUUUGAUCUUCGAUGGCUUCGCUGUAAUAUACAAGUGGUUUGAAGAUGAAGAGACUCUGGCAGGACACACGUUGUGUGUGCAGUGCAGCUCUGGCGUUAAAUGCGUGCUUGCUUUGUUCCUCUGUCAUGCAAUGCCUGAAAACUAAUACAGUACAGCCCUCAUGUGGUGCGCGACUCAGAUGUUGACAGGAGGGAAAAGGAGCGACUGAAACGAAUGCAGGCAACUGUACGGAUAUUUAUCAGGACGCAGACGCAGCUAUUCUAGACUAUUUACUGAAGGUGGUCCCUUUAGUCCCGUGGACCUUUGGGAGACGGAGGGCGCGUACCCUGAUAGCGGAGGAGAGAUGGACGGAGGAGGAGGAGGGUGGUUUGUUGCAGCCUGAGCGUUGGGCUGAAGGGUGGAGACUCAGAGCAGCAGUGAGGAGGGAGGCAGGGAGGAUCUCAGCUGGAGCAGAGAGGGAGGGAGAGGGAGGGAGGGAGAGGGAGAGAGGGGGAGAGGCGUACAGAGAGAGGAGUGUGUGUGGACGUACUCCUGCCUCGCUCACUGACUGAGUGUGUGUCUGUGCGGCAGAGCGAGGGGAGGACGCGUGGAUACUCUCCUCCACAGGGCUCCAUGUGCUUUGGCAUCCCAGCAAGAGGCCGCGCAUACGACCAGACAGGACUCUUGUACCCUCAGGAAGUCAAAUCUAGCAGUCGUCCAAGUCAAGUCAGCAUUCUUGCAACUUCUUCUUCUGACUCGACUCCAAAGUCUUCAGGCCCCGGAAGCACGAGCUACGAACGGGAGUCUCUGACAGCGCGGAUGAAAUCCCUUUCACGACUUUGGGCCAAACAGUUGGUGGGGUACAAAGUGCUGACUGAGCAGCAGACGGACACCAGGGCAGAGUGCGGAGGAGCGAGCAGACGAGGCAGAACACCGAGGACCUGACCGCCAGCGGCCAUG